CCUAAAUUCAACGGCUAUGAAAGGCAUUUGAGAUUCACAAGACAAUUUCAAAAUUUGAAAGAAGGCUUUUGUUCCCCCUCUCGCACAGACACCGCAAGGAAACAGGAAGAAAAAGAAGCAAUGGAGAAGGUAGGAGAGUGCGUAUUGGAUCCAGAGACGGAGUUCUUAGCGUCAAAGCAAGAGACAGGUCACGAGUGGGAACUUUUCAAGGAAAAUGUUAGACCUUUGAAGAGAGGCCGCAAUGUUCAACUCCUCAACAAUGCCCUCAAGUCUAAUACUGAUUUUCAACUCAAGAAAUCUCUUCUUGACAAGCGAAGGGCUUUGAUCGAAGCAAUUGACCAAUACAAAGGUGAAGAUCCUCUUCAGCCAUGGCUCCAGUGCAUCAAGUGGGUGCAAGAGUUUUUCCCUCCGGGUGGGGACAGUUCUGGACUUGUUGUUAUUUAUGAACAAUGUGUCCGCACCUUUUGGCACGAUGACCGAUACAAGGAUGACCUCCGUUACUUGAAAAUGUGGCUGGAAUAUGCUGAAAACUGUAUGGAUGCUGAAGUCAUCUAUAGCUUUUUGGAGGCUAACAAAAUUGGGCAGACACAUUCUUCAUUCUACAUAGCCUAUGCUUUGCACAUGGAAUCUCAAAAUAAAAUUAAAACAGCAAAUGAGAUCUUCAAUCGAGGACUAUCCAUGAAUGCAAAACCUGAAGAGAAAUUGAAGGAAUCCUACAAGAAGUUUGUCAUUCGUUCAAUGGGACGCCCCAAAGCAGCAGAGGAGGAGCUAGCAGAACAUCAGCUUCCAAUGAGAAGCUUUGGGACACUGUUGGAAAGGGGGGAAGCUCGAAACCAAACAACAGGAACUUCUGAUUUGUCUCGGAAGAAAAUGAAACAGGAUAGAGCUCAAGGGAGCCUGCUAUCCAUUUACAAAGAUACAAAUGCUGGAAUGUCAUCAACUGUUCAAUCGGAAAUACCAAAACUAGAGAACAAAUCAUGGCACUGUCUUGGUGCCCGAGCAGAAAGGAACAAGGAGAAUCAGGCAAUUCCUUCCAAGUGGACAUCUAAUAAGGUUCCUCAAAGACACGGGCUUAGAAAUCGAGGAGCUACUACCACCGGUGCAUGCCUAGAGAUCUUCGUGGAUGAGGAAUGUGCCAAAACACAUGAGAAGGAAUCUGUUGGUGGAAAGGUUUCUAGUUUACAGCUUAGACGUGGAGAUGAUAAAGACAUAAAAAAGGAAACCGAGUUGCUGAGGGAGAACCCACUGCGUUAUUUUCCUCCAACCUCUUUACCUAGAUGAUCUGACAGAAAAGAAAAAAGCACAAUCUUGUGUGAUGGAUUUUCUCUAUCUCAAAAUUUCUCAACCUGUUUCAUAAAAGUGUAGGAAGAAAAUUCCUCCUUGCCCAGUGCAAGCACUUCACAAAUUUUCUAAGAAUAUUGAGUGGAGCAGUUGAAAGAGACAUUGUGGUUGUAAUACAUGUGUCUUUGGAUUUGGCAGGCUUGAGCCAAAUCCUUUAGAAUUCUUGACGAUUUAGAUGAGUGAUUUUAUAUGAUUGCAAGAGUUAUCAUGGAUGUGCAUUAUCAUAAUUUUGCUCUUGACUGAAGAGUUCUGUCA